AUGACUGAUGCUAAAACCGACUCGAUUCUCAUCGUUGGCGCUGGCGUCUUCGGUCUUUCUACCGCUCUCGAACUGAACAAGCGCGGAUAUACUGAUAUUACCGUUGUCGAUCGCUUUGUACCCCCUUCAGCAGAUGGAAGCAGCGUCGACAUCUCACGCAUCAUUCGUUCUGACUAUGCGGAUCCAAUUUACUCGCAGAUGGCCCGUGAAGCCUAUAACGGAUGGACCACCGAGUAUAAAGACCAAUUUUUCGAAUCUGGAUUCGCGCUGUUCUCUGAAACACCCAAGAACACUUAUAUGGAAGGAUCCAAGGCAGUCAUCCGUGCGGCGGGUGGAAAGCUAGACGACCUCCAUGAUGCCAUGGAUAUCCGCAAACUUUACCCGAGUGUCCAAGCCGAAUUGUCUGGCAUGAGCGGCUACCACAACCCCAAAGGUGGCUGGGCCGAUGCUGCGGGCAGCAUCCAAAAGCUGGCUUCAAAGUGUACUGUGGCUGGUGUCUCGAUAAUUGCAGGUCCCCGGGGAACCGUGGUGUCCUUGCGCCGGGCAGACUCCCAAGUCGUCGGUGUCAACCUUGUUGGAGGUCAAGUCCUGCUUGCUUCAAAGGUCAUUCUCAGCACAGGCGCAUGGACCAAUCGUUUGCUAAACAUUGGCCACGCCGCAUCUUCUUCCGGUCAGCCUGUUGGAUUCAUCCAAUUAACCGAAGAGGAAGCCAUUGAGAUGAGAAAAAUCCCAGUGAUGAUUAACAUGAGCUCCGGUGUCUUCUCGUUCCCACCCACGCCAGACACCCACGUGCUCAAGUUGGCGCGUCACGGAUACGGGUACGCUACCGAUAUUCAGGUUGAAGUAGACGGCGUCAAGAAAUCUGUCUCAUCUCCAAAGUUCGACACCAGCAAUGCGGCUACCGGAUACCUGCCUGACGACGCAGAUGAGUCGCUUCGCAAAGGUCUGCGUCAAUUCUUCCCGAAGUUGGGUGAUCGCCCGUGGAUGAACCGCCGUCUGUGCUGGUACACGGAUACUCCCAAGGGCGACUUUAUCAUCGAUCACCACCCUACUAUCAAGGGUCUGUUCAUGGCGACUGGAGGUGCAGGACAUGGUUUCAAAUUCCUUCCCAUCCUUGGCAAAUACAUUGCGGACUGCUUUGAAAACAAGGCCCCAGAGAAUUUGCGACAAAAAUGGCGGAUGAACCCCCCGCCCGAGAGCGAUGCAAAGGGAGGCAUGUUGGGCGAUGGCAAAGGCGACGGAAGCAGAGGUGGCCCGCCGCUGAGAAGACUGAGUCCAUUUGAACAAGCAAAGCUGUAA